AUGAACAACGAUGGCAUCCUCGAUAGAAAUGACGCCGUUAAAGUACAAGCUACGCCCGAUGCUUUAACUUGCCUUUCAAAGCUAACGGUCGACAAAACCGAAGGAAAUAAUUUAUACGAGGAAGUGAGCUCCAGCGGAAGUUCUCCAUCGGCAUUGAAAAAGCGUCUUCAGAAUUUACCAUCGUUCACGAAUGAGAGUGCACGAUCGAUCGACUUCAUCACGUCUCUCAAUCAUCGACUUUCGCACAGUCACCGAUUGGACUCUCCAAAAAGUUACAAUGAAAAGAACGACGAGGAGACUUUCGUCAACGAAAGUUCGCCGGCAUCGCGGCCGGUGCAAGGAGCACGCGCCCGAAGACGAGCAAAAAUCCGAUCGGAGAUCCUCGAAGAGAUCGAUAAAUCUUUGUCGGUAGCGCAUCCCAAAGUUACGAACUUGUUGAAUCUUUUGGCAAAGAAGGAGAACGAAAGCGAACAGAUCAAGAGUUCGAUGGAAUCUCUGGCGUCGACGAAAAUGGCCGAUAUCAAAGAUAUUUCGAUGCUUCAGUUUCAACCGGCGACGACGUUUACGGGUUCGUUGACGUCACGAAGUUAUCACUACAACGACGACGAGAAGAAGCACGAGGCAACGCCACGUCAGUCUAAAUCCGCGAAGGAGAAUCGUAUCGCGUACGACGUUAAAUGCAACAGAUCGUUAAAAAACAAAGUCGAACUUAAUCCCACUUUAUAUUUGUCCGCGAACAACGUCCGUCCGAUGAAAUGCGGAGGAUAUAGGCCGUACGCUGGUGUUAUCCUGAAGAACCUCAGUUCUAGCAGCGAGUCCGAAAGCGUGAACGAACCUGCCAGUUACGUGUCACAAAGGAUCAACAGUCCUGCAACGAAUACGGAAUUGUCCUCGCCAAUUCCGAAGAAUGCGGUGGACGAAAGAGUGUUAUCCGUUUUAUCCGCUAGAAGCGACUAUAACCAGGAAUUACCUUCGUUCCGAUCGUUUCAGGAGACGAGUAGAAGCGAGACGGUUAACAACAGAGAUAGAAAAAGAAGCAAUACGAAGAUAUUUGAGAACAACGUUAAUACUUUCGCAAAGAAUGUAGUUCCUUAUCUCGACGACAGUCCAACCGAUGGGGAGGAGAUCGAAGAAAGGAACGAUUUGGAUUCGUUGCCUCCAAGAUCAGCCUCGACUUCCUCGCGUUCGAAAAUGGUAUGGACCGAGAAAGGGAAGGAGGAUGAAGGAUCGUACGCGUUAGCUUCGGAAAACGAAGGACAGGAGGAUGGCCGAUCGUCGAGAGAAGAAAAUUUUCGAUCGAUCGACGAUUUAAAUGUCUUUUCUAAACGUCAGAUGGAUAGAAGAAACUUUUCUUGUCCAUCCUCGGCGAAGAACGUCGUAGAAAGAGAAGAUCUGUUCUCAGCGACGAAUUCUGCAAGAUUUUGUAGCGAGGGACAUUCCCCGGAUCCAACGUCAUGCGAUAAUAAAAAAGAGAAAAUAUCUUCGUUCCUGAAUAUCAGAUUGACCGAGAAUCUGGAAACGUCGAACGCGUCCGACAACGAAAGACAAGAUAACACGAGCGUGCCGAGUUUGCCGUUAUAUUCCGAAGACGUGUCGUGUUCGACGUCGGUUGGUAGCAAAACUUACACGCAAAAUCGUUCUUUGGACAACAGUGCCUUGACGAAGGCUCUGUCGAAUGUGAGCUCGAUGUUAAACUCGAGAGACAAAGAGAACGCGUCCACGAGAACUCGAUACAGAUCUUUCGACGACAGCGAGAACGCCGAUACUUCCGAAUCGUCCGCGAUACUAGCUAAAACAUGGCAGGAGCCGGUAUCCACGGAAUGUAGAAACGUUUACGAGAGUUACAACGAAUUUGACAUUGGAAGACAAGCGCGCAGAGCGUUUUCCGCGCCUUCCUCGAAGUUACCCGCAGAACGUUCGGAAGACAACGUAAAGAUCGAUCUGCGAACGGAGGAGGAAUCGAAUAUAGACAAAAUAAAUAAUCUACGAACGUAUGGGCAGGACGGUCAGAGAUGUAAAUCCGUCGGUAUGUCGCGUCAAGAAAUGAUCUACGUCAAAGAAAAUCUUGAUGAAUACUCGGAUUCGUUCUACCCGACCAAGACGAAUCUGACCGAAAGUCUGGGAAAUUUGAACUACGUCGAGGAAUACCAAACGUGCGGCGAUCCGCUCGAAAUGUCUUAUUCGCAGGAGGAAGAUUACAAUACGUAUCCGUUAGAAUACUUGAUAACUUCGAUGUAUCCAAGGCAAAGUCAUCUUUCGAUCUUGCAAGAAGAAUCGGAGACGAGACUCGAAGAGAAUAGUCGAUCCGAAUCGGCUAUUGGAAACAAAGAUUCGUCCACCGUGAACUCUAAUUGCAAUAACAUCGAUCGAUCCGAGUCGGUACGGAUGUCCACUAACUCGUCGACGAAUCAAAACGUCGAGGACGAAGCGCUUUCGUUGGACGAAACGAAGAACGAAAGCGACCAUAGUAAAAGCGAGAAAAAGGAUCUCGCUGUGUGUGCAAGCAACGAAAAACACUGUUCUCUUACGAAAGAGAUUUCCAUGGAGAUGGUUCAUCAAUGGAGCAUCCAAAAACUACCAAUGUGUACAAAUUCAAGUUCGACCUGUUCCAGCGGUAUAAAUAAGAAACUUGGCGUACAAGAGGAAGACAAAACGAAAGAUGCUAAUGAAGAAGGAGAUAACGAAUUUCGAACCGAUAAAUCUCCCGACGUUGUCGCGAUCGAUACGAGCGAGAAAGUAGAGGGUAUAGGCGGAGAAGGUACGAUAAUAACGUGGACGACGAGCGACGAAAGCUCGAAAUUACAAUUUCCAAAGACGAUUCAACCGGAAAGUGCAAUGUUCAUAAUUCAAAAGGUUCACGAGAUUUGUACCGUCCCACCGAAAGUCUCGUACUCGACUUCGAAGCUCCAGUGCGCGUCCGAACGCACUAACAAGUCACCUCGUUCUAAAAGUAAAAAGAGUCAAGACCGUUUCCCAUUCACGAUAUCGGAGACGAAGAGUAUGGUAUCGACGAGACACGAGGUCGGAUCGAAGCAAGGACAUUGCGAGAGCGUCUGCAACAAAACGAGAUCGUUGGAAACCUUUCGGGAAUUUACGUAUCCCACUGUAAUAGACUUUUCAAGGCCCAAUUUCGAUUACUUUAUCUACAGCGAGCGACAAGAACAACGGAAUAUAUUGCCAAAGAUGAAGGGAUUCGUUCGAAGAUUUUCGAAGAAACUGAAGGUGCCUCGUAGACAUAACGACGACCGUGAUAAGGAAACAUCGACCAAGGUGAUCUAUCAGAACCAAGAAUGUCAAAACGAUUCGUUGCCGGAGUCUUCUUCCGACGAAUCCACGAUCGAGGAAUCGCAAUGGAUCGUACCGAGAUCCGGAAAUACGAGAUCGUCCAUUAUAUCUAGCGGUAAAUCCUUGAAAAAGACUAUGAGCCUUGAGAACUUGACUCUGUCAUCGGAAUAUCCUCGCAGGCGAUACGAUCGCGACGAUCAGUGGGUGAAAGAAUUGAAGGAGCAAUCGUCCCAACGUACGACGUCGUCCAAGGAACGUUUUUCGAUAUUCUCACCGAGAAGUAGCAAUACUACUUUGGUCGAAGAUUUUUCAAAGGUAUCCACGAGAUUACGCGAUAAGGGAUUCGAGUGUACGACCUGCAAAAAAAACGAAGAUCACGUUAAAGCUUCCGUCUCGUCUUCCCCGUCGAACCUUAUUAAAACUAAUCUCAACGAAAUGCAGAACGAGAGGAAUCCCGAUACAGACGAGAUAAGUACGAACGCGGAAAGAGCCGGUUAA